ACUGGACCAGAAUAUGGUCAAGGAAUGAAUCCCAUCAGUCGUCUGGCUCAGAUCCAACAGGCCAAAAAGGAGAAGGAGCCAGAGUAUGUUCUUCUUUCAGAGAGAGGAAUGCCUCGCCGCCGAGAGUUUGUUAUGCAGGUAAAAGUAGGCAAUGAGAUUACUACUGGAACAGGCCCAAACAAGAAAGUAGCUAAAAGAAAUGCAGCAGAAGCGAUGUUGCUACAGCUGGGUUACAAAGCCUCUACUCUUCUUCAAGACCAGCCAGAAAAGCUUGGAGAAAACAAGAGUUGGAAUGGCCAGAAUGUUGGGUUUCCUGAGCCAACAAGUAACACACCAAAGGGAAUACUCCAUCUCUCUCCUGAUGUUUAUCAAGAGAUGGAAGCAAGUCGCAACAAAUCAGCCCCUGGUACCUCUGUAAGCUAUUUGUCGUCCAAAGAAAUGAGCCAGACUUCUAGCUCUUUCUUCAGCAUAUCUCCUACAACAAAUAGCACAGCUACAAUUGCCAGGGAACUUCUCAUGAAUGGAACAUCCCCAACUGCUGAAGCCAUAGGUCUAAAAGGAAUAUCUCCUGCUUCCCCCUGUUCUGCAGUGCAGCCUUCAAAACAGCUGGAGUAUUUGGCAAGGAUUCAAGGCUUUCAGGUACACUACAGUGAUAGACAAAAUGGCAAAGAGUGUAUGACCUGUUUGACACUGUCUCCUGUGCAGAUGACUUUCCAAGGUAUCGGGAGCUCCAUUGAAGCCAGCCAUGACCAG